AUGUGGAGUGGAGGUCAUACGAGUGAGCGGUACAGGGUCCCCAGGGGUAACCUGACCCAGAAUUAUCACCCCGAAGUAAAGGUUCCGGUAGAAGAUGGCAAUGUGCUGGUGGAACGCAUUUCCGAAAGGAAGUUUCAUCACUCUCUCCAUGGCCUGACUCGAAGCCUCAUCGCCAAUGCCAUCGUGGGCGUCACAGACGGUUACACCAAGACACUGGAAUUAAUGGGUGUCGGCUACCGGGUACAACAGUCAGGUGAGGGUAUUGUCCUUAAUGUGGGUUUCAGCCAUCCGGUGGAAAUCCAGCCACCUAGGGGCGUAACAUGGAGGUUGGGAUCACCGCAGCCAUGUCCGUGGUAUCGACACGCAUCGAAGGUCGGAGAAUGCAGCUCAGGUAGGAAAUGUGCGCCCGCCCAAUGCCGAAACACGGAAAAGGGAUUCGGUAUCAGGGAGAAAUUCUCCAUUUCAAGCCCGCAAAGCGCAGCCUCGACAAGGCCUAACCGUUCCGCUACUCGACGAAUUUACGGAGUAUUAAUAGGAAAUGCCCAGAGACAGAGGAAGAAGCCCGACAAUAAAUGGACGUACGGCACCGCCGGUACGCAGGAGGUCUCCGGCAAUCCGGAUCCGGCCUAG